AUGGAGCCGAACUGGAUGCCAGGGGCCGGCGGCCGCACUUGGCCCGCCGGUGCUGAGAUGGCCGAGGAAAUGCGUGUGUCGGAGAGCGGCAUCAGCUGGCACCCUCCUGAGGCGCCACAGGCGGCGCAGGCGGCGCAGGAAGCGCCACAGGAGGUGCCGCAGGAGGUGCCAGCAGAAACUCCAGCAGAGGUCCCGGAGGAACCUGCGGAGGAGACGCCAGCGGAAGCGCCGGCAGAAGCGCCCGCAGAGGUGCCGGCGGAAGCGCCGGCAGAAGCGCCGGCGGAAGCGCCGGCAGAGGUGCCCGCUGAAGCGCCGGCAGAACCCGCGCCGGAAGCUCCUGCGGCGGAAGCUUCGGCUCCCGUGGAGAAGGUGCCUAGCGAGGCUCGAGUAGAGAAGCAGCAGAGUGAGGUCCAGCCAUCCAUCAAGGAGGAGGCCAGCGGCAACCUGGCCUCCACCACCUCUGCCACCGUGAAGAAGACUGAGGACGGCAAGUGGAUGGUGGACACGGGGUACAUCGACUACAGGACGAAGGACCCCAACCGCUUGGAGCCCCGGCGCUCGGUGAUGGAGCCCAAGGACGCCGCCGCGGCGGCUGCCGCGGUGGUGGGCCAAAGUAGCCGGGACGAAGAGGGGAAGUUCAAGGUGGACACCUCCUACAUCAACCACCGCACCAUCGAGGUGGACCGCCUGGAGGGCCGCAAGAGCGUGCUGGGCGCCGACAGCGCGGUGGCGGCCCACUCCGCGACCGUCAAGAAGGAAGAUGAUGGCAAGUGGAAGGUGGACACUUCCUACAUCGGUCACCGGACGCUGGACACCGACAAUCUCACGCGGAAGGAGGAGAAGCAGGAGGAGGCCUGCUAUGCGGACCCGGCCCAGAAGAAGUACAGCCACGACCAGCUCAAGGCGAGCCAAGGCCGUCCGGAUGAUGUGGACCCUUCCAGGCGGGAGCAGUACCUCUCGGACGCGGAGUUCCUGAGUGUCUUCGGCAUGCCCUUCGGAGACUUCCAGAAGCAGCCCAAGUGGAAACAGCAGAACGUGAAGAAGGCAAAGGACCUCUUUUGA